AUGUUGUUGUCUAUAUUUGAACAUCUACAGCUGAGUGAUGACUCAAUGCUUGGCCAAGAGCGUUUAAAACCAUCUCAGCCAUUGGGUCAGUGCUGGUCAGCGCCUGCAAAUAUCAUAGUUCGUCAACGAGCGCAAGUAACUGGUGGCAACGAGACUGGAAAUGUGGACUGUCCAAGUCCCGAAUCACCGCUGAAUUAUUGUUGGUCUGCGCCCGAGUUCCUGGACGAUACAGACGAAGAGGACGCCGAUGUCGAUCGUGUUCAUGGUGAAAUGAAGGCUACCCUCAAGGGACUGUUCAAAAGAUCUGCCUCCUAUGAGUUCUUGAAAACGUUGUAUUCCGAUUAUGAUGAGCCAAAACGACCGAAUUUCUUGGAUCUCGGCAAUGAACUACCAAAUGAAGCGGCUCUAAAUGCUGUAAACUUCCAAGCAAACGCAGAAGAUGAAGAUGAUCAACCGCCUGUGAAUCAUUUGGUGCCGUUGGCUACAAAUGACAAAUUUGGAUCACUAGAACUUUAUGGGGCAACUCCAUCACCCCAACGUGAAGACGACCGUGUUUUCCAUGUGAAUGAUGAGUCGGAUGAAGAUGAAGACAAGGAAUCUCUUAAUCCCAUAGAUUCACCGGCAGGACAGAGGAUUGGAAGCGAAUCACCGAUUGAAUUCAUUGAUUCGGGCGAUGAAUCCGGUUUGGUUGCGGCCAAUGAAACGACGACCGUGACUCAAGCAAGCCACAGAGCACGAUCAUGCGAUACCAGCGAGGCAAUAGAUGAACGCAGCUUUGAUGAGGGAGAGUAUAAGCUGAACGAUGUUUGGACGUCACAUUCUACUGGACAUUUGGAUGAGAGAAACGGACGGAGAAUUUGG